AUGGCGAAUCGGGGAUACGAUGUCGUUGUAGAUGUGGAUGCAGAGGGCGACCUCGGGCAUACCGAUCUCCAAGAUGACCUUGAAUUCCAUCCGUCCAACUUCGAAAACGACCAACGCAACGCAAAAGCGCAACAAGACACUGCACCAUUCCUCGGCGGAGCAGGCCCUUCGCACUCGCACGGCCGCGACAGGUCCCCCGGCGGCAGCGCCUCCAAGCACCGCUGGUGGUCACUCCACUACUACGCGCAAUUCUUCGACGUCGACACGAACGAGGUUCUACGCCGCUGCGUCGCCGCAGUCUACCCGCGCACCAACUUCCUCGACGUCCUAGAAGGCAACGCGGACCUGUACGGACCGUUCUGGAUCGCUACGACGGUGGUUGUGAUCCUGUUCCUGACGGGCACGAUCUCGCAAUGGCUCUCGAAUAACGACGACCAGCAUUUCGAGUACGACUUUACGCUUCUUUCGGGCGCGGCCGGUUUGAUUUAUGGGUAUACGGGUGUUGUGCCUAUUGCGCUGUGGGGAGCGCUGCGCUGGUUCGGUAGCUCCACCGCGGAUUUGAUUGAGUGUUGGGCUUUGUACGGAUACUCGAAUUUGAUCUGGAUUGCCGUCGCGCUGGUCAGUUGGAGUCCGUUGACGGCGCUGAACUGGGCUCUUGUUGGUGUUGGGUUCGCUUGGACGGUGUUCUUCUUGCUGCGCAACUUGUGGCCCGUCCUGAGUGCUACGGAUGCCAAGGCGAGCAAGAUUCUGCUGGUUCUGGUCAUUCUGCUACAUGCGGGUUUGGCGAUUGCUAUCAAGAUCCUCUUCUUUGCGUGA